AUGAGUUACCAACGUGGAUUUGAUUCGCGGACCACCCGCAGUCACCUGGUCGUCACCCUCAACAGAAUUGGCAUGAACCGCCGCCUGAAGAAGGCAGCCAGGCACCCCGGCAAUUAUGGUGAUGCUUUAACAGCUGAAAAGGCAGUUGAAUUUUCAACACAGAAAUGCCGUUGCCGGCAGCCGUUAUCCCAGUUACGACUCGGGCAGUGGGUUCGUAUACUCAGUGGAGUUUUAAAAAGAUCUAUAAACUGUAUGGACGUCGUCCAGACCGUAUCCCUGAUUGUACUCCUUAUGCAUUUUAUCGCGAGUAUCGACUGCUCUGCGGACGAUCAUCCCAGAUAA